ACAGUUUUGACGUUGUACACAUUAGAGACUGUCAUUUGAUAUUUAUUGUCCGCGGCAGGGGAACGAUUUUCAUCAGGUAAGCAAAUAAAUAAUGGUCAAAUUAUUAAUUAAACAGGUUCAUUACCUAGCAUUGAUAUAUAUGAAGCUAGUUAUAUAAAGCGAGGCUGCAAUCUCGUUAGUCAGUUAGUGUAAAGUACCAUAACAGUUUAGCCAGCUAACGUUAGCCAGCUAGCUAGCUCAGUAGCUGUUUGCUAGCUAACGGAAGCUAGUUGUCAAGGUAGCUAGCUAACUACCACUCAACAUUAAUUCAUCAAUGAUAUUGCUCAUUCAUAAAUAUUUGUGUUUGUGUGUAGCAAGACAGUUUGGGUUUACCAUUUUCAUUGAAGCCAGAUAGCCAGCUCGUCUCGUAUUGUAGCUAGCAGAAGAAGAAACUGUCCAUAACAUGCUAGCUAGCUUGCUAUCUGGUGAUUGUGCUGCUAAAACAGAAAUACUAUUGGGAGUGGCAGAACAAAGAAAUAGUUGCAGUCAGUUGUUUUGCUCGCACUGCUGUGAUCAGCAGUUUAGCCACAUGUUUAGCUCCACCAAAGUGUCAUCAGCAUGGUGUGACAUGAAACAAAUAAUAUUUUCAUUAGAAAUGUAAGUAAUGUCUAGCUACAAGGUUCCUUGGCCUGAAUAAACAAGCAUACACUUCACAGGCAUGUAGGCGACUUACAACAGAAGAUGUUCCCUUGUUGAAUGGUGUUUUUUCCACCAACAGUUUAAGGACCCCCAGGAUGUUGCGUCUGCGUUGUAAGACCAAAAAUGGGAGCCACAUAAUGCAGGGCCUGACCCACCAGUCCAGUGUGCAGGAGCUGAAGAACAAGGUAGAGGAGCUGACUGGUAUCCCCUGUGAUGUACAGAAGAUCAUGGUUGGCUACCCUCCCUUCAGCUUGGACCUCCGAAACGGAGACGCUCACAUCAGGGGCUACCCUAUCAAAUCAGGUAGGCUAUGAUGUCUCUCUCUUCUCACUUGAAUCAAUCAAAUGUUACAUUCACACAGCUGGAUAGACUUCACCCUGCUAUGUCAUGGCUGCAUUUUAUUCAGAAAAUGACAUUUGUUACAGGAGACACUCUCAUUGUUGAGGAGAAAAACAAGGUAAAGACCCAGACAACAAAUUCAGCUGUAACCAAGGGACCCCGCCUGGAGUCUCCCCCGGUGCUGGCCAGACGGGUUGUUCCAGCAGACAACUCCUGCCUGUUCACCAGUGUCUCCUAUGUGGUAGAGGGGGGGGUAUACGACCCAGCUUGUGCCCCUGAGAUGCGAGGUCUCAUCACCCAGAUUGUGUCCAGCAACCCCAUGGCUUACUCUGAGGCGGUGUUGGGAAAGACCAACGAGGAGUACUGCACCUGGAUCCGACGUGACGACACCUGGGGCGGAGCCAUCGAGGUGUCCAUCCUGUCUAAGUUCCACCAGUGUGAGAUCUGUGUAGUGGACACGCAGACGGUGCGUGUGGAUAGAUUUGGUGAGGACGCUGGCUACCACAAACGCGUGCUGCUCAUCUACGACGGCAUCCACUACGACCCACUGCAAAAGGAGACGCCCGGCUCCGACACUCCGCCCCAGACCAUCUUCUCCACCACAGACGACAUCAUCCUGGCCCAGGCCCUGGAGCUGGCGGACGAGGCGCGAAGGAAGCGGCAGUUCACGGAUGUCAACCGCUUUGCCCUGCGCUGCCUGGUGUGUCAGACAGGCCUAGUAGGACAGAAGGAGGCCCGGGAACAUGCCAAGGAGACAGGCCAUGCCAACUUUGGAGAGGUGUGAGUCAGAGCACUUCCUCACAACCACCACGAACCCGCAUGGCCCCACAUCUUACAACUCUGUGUGUCUGUACGAUCCUCUACCUCACUUGAUCCAGCAUCAGACACCGUGUUCAGUCUUACCCGUUCAGUGUUACAACUACAGCUGUCAGCUCAGAGACUACUUUAUUGCAAGGUUAUGAGCUCAUAAAAAAUAUUCUGUACAAUUGUUUUGGGGACAUUUUUAGUCUCACCCAACACACAGUGGGUAAUUGUUCAUUGAAGUGUUGUUCAGUUUGUCAACACUAAUGGAGCAGAAAACGUUUUUAACAAAACUGGAGAUGCCUGGAAAUGCCUUACUUUGACAGUUUUCACUUGUGGCAUAAUAGAAUAGACUCUCCAGUACUACCACAGAAAUCAGAAAUAUUUUUCCAGGGCCAUUGUGGCAUGAUACACGUUUGGUUUUACACAUCAAUGACAAUAUUUAUUAAAGGUUUUUGUUUGUGGAUGCCUCACCAGUACUUGAAAAAACAGUGAAAACUGUUGCAAAAUAUCAAAUAUAAACCCAGUAACUUGGUAGAAAAGCUGUUCUUUCAUUGUUUUGCAGUGGCAAUGUCUUUAAUAUUAGAUAAUAGCAGAGUUUAGCUAGAUACCUUAUAGGUCAAUACAAUACCCUAAAUUCUUCAAUGGUGCUGUGACAAGCCUAUUUUCCUGAUGUAGGCUAUUACUGAAUUAUUUAUUUUAUUUUAUGCAGUGUGAGGUGUCUGCAUCUUGGUGUGGAACAUUAACAUUUCAUGCAAUUAUUAUUAUACCAUGGCACUUUGCCAUUAAAAGGCCAUGGCAUUACCCAUAGUGGGAUUGGUUUUUGUUUAUUAUUUUUUGUGUAGUUUAUAUGCCAUUAUUAUUUUCCUGAACAAGACAUUUGAAUUGUUGUAUUUUGGACCUUUUAAUCUUGGAAUUGAUGGAUGAAUAGACUUUAUGAUAUAUAAUGUAAAUCUAAGGGAUGAAUCCUUAUACAUUUGCAGUUCAGGUACUGUCUAAACAAUGUGCUUUGCAUCUCAACAUUCACUUCAUGAUCGUGUUUUUCGUUUUCAUCUCCCAUUACCCUCACUCAUAUUGUUGGACUAUUGUGAGGACCACCAAGUGAUGCCAUAGUUGUAAUGUUGAUCUAUGUAUGUUAAAUCUAAAUGCAUGUCAGAGGAAGACUGCGACUCUUUAUUAUACUUUCACCAAUGAAAGCCACCACGGGCUUGCUCUUGCCUGGAAACCCGACGUUGCAUUGAAUUCUACGUCGGGCA